AUGGUCUCCAUCAUAUUCUGGGAUGUUCAAGGGAACAGAAUCGAAGAUACGCUGCCAGACGAAGAGCAAGUGGAUAUUUUGCACUCAGUUACUGAAGUACUGCCAGACGCGCCAGUCAUUUUAAGAGAGCUGCGCAAGGUCGCCCAAACAGAUAUCUUAAAGCUACACCAACUCGGGCAGAACCAUUUCUUCGUCUUUGACGCCACAAUGUCGGAUGGAGCACAUUACAUUGUCCGGGUUGCUCGGUUUUCAGACCCGACAGAGCUUUCCUAUCUACGCGAUAAAGUUCAGAGAGAAUGUGAAAUUCUGAAAUGGAUGGGUUCUCUUGAUGCUUUGCCAGUACCUAAGCUGAUACUCUGCGAUGCAACUUCAUCUUCCCCGCCAUUCAUGAUCACAAACAAGUGCGAGGGGAUCCAAGUGAUCUAUGGCUUUGGAACGCUCUCUGAGGGUGCUAAGAUGCGGAACCUCCGUUCUUUUGCUCGGUUUGCGAUUGCUAUGUUCCAAGCAAAGUGUCCUCAGCAGAUUGGAAGUAUCAUGCGCUUCUCCUCCAAUUCUGAGUCCACACGCAAUUCCGAGAGUACCAACGUCGAGAUCGGACCAGUUGUUGCUUACAGAAAAACAGAGACCCCGUCGCAAUGUUUUUCAUCGGCUCAAGAAUAUAUUCGGUGGCUCAUUGCAUGUAAGCAGAAUAGGGCAAACUCUGUUGCCAACGUGAAGCCCAUCCUUCGACGAGCGGAAGCCAUCUUUGCUCAGGAAACUAAACGGCAAGACGAAGAGCAGCUUCGUUGUAUCCCUUGGCAUGGAGAUGCAGUAUCCCACAAUAUCUUGAUUGACAGUAGUGGCGAGAUUACUGGCGUGAUAGACUGGGAGUUUCACAUGAUCCUUCCGGCCUACCUCGCAGUGGAUUACCCCUCCUGGAUAACGUACGACGGGCUACAAGAUCCAAAAUUCUUCCCGACUACAGGCCAGUUCUCUCCUUUUUGGCCUACAAGCAGACAGGAAGCUACGACCUUACGACAGAAGUAUGAUGAGCACCUUGAGAUCGUCAAGAAACUUGACCACGCGUAUUACUUAUCUCUUAAGAAAGGUGAAAUCGCCCGCUUGAUUAUGCAAUGGCUGAUUGCAGACGAAGAUCGAGAAUGUGAAAAGCUUGAGAAUUGGCUUGACUCUUUAUCAAUGUAG